AUGGAAUUCUCAAUUGAAAAUAUUCAAGAUAAAGAUGUCAGCUUUUAUACAGGAUUUUCAAGCUAUAAAGUUUUUGAAAGUGUGCUAAAAUACCUAAACCCAGGUGCCAAGGGUGAGAAUCUCGUGUAUAACAGAAGUGAAGCAAUUGAAGAACUAGAUGAUAGUCUGGGAGACAAAAUGGGAAGACCUAGAAAACUUAGCCCUUCAAACCAGUUUUUUCUAUUCCUUUGCCGGGUAAGAGUUGGACUCUUUGAACUUGAUCUUAGUUACAGGUUCAAAAUUUCAAUAGGGACUGUCAGCAACAUCAUUAUUUCCUGGUCAAACUUUCUGUAUUUAAGAUUUGGUUCCUUGUGUAUAUGGCCUAGCAAAGAAGACAUAAUUGAGCACAUGCCAGAAUCAUUCAAACAAAAGUAUCCCGACACUAGAGUUAUAAUCGAUGCUACCGAAAUCAAAGUUGAGAUGCCUUCCUCACUCAUGCUAAAAUCUCAAACAUAUUCUAACUACAAGAGUACUAAUACACUGAAGGGGCUGAUUGGCAUUUCUCCCAGUGGAAGURUUACUUUUAUCUCACAGUUAUAUACAGGAUCAAUAUCUGAUAAAGAAAUCACUCGUCGYAGUGGCUUUUUGAAGCUUCCCUUUGAUAAGGGAGACAGUGUAAUGGCUGACAAGGGAUUUGAGAUUGCUGACUUGCUUGAACCCCUUGGAGUUAAACUCAACAUACCUCCAUUCCUGCAUUUGCAAGACCAGAUGACACCAGAGGAUGUUGCUAGCACACAGCAAAUUGCUGCACAAAGAAUUCACGUGGAGAGGGUGAUCAAUAAAGUUAAAAACUUUCAUAUUUUUGAUCAAGUAAUUCCUAUGUCAUUAGCUGGUUCUAUUAAUCAGAUAUGGACUGUGUGUGCACUAUUAACAUUAUUUCAAAAUCCAAUUAUUUCUUAA